AUGGAUCUGAGUGACGAAGUCAGGACCACGCACAAGCGAACUUUCCUUAAGUUCUUCGAACAAACUGAACUAAACAUAGAGCUGAAAAAGUCAUUUGACAAAAUGUUCGCUCAAAAUCGCCGCCGGUGUAUCAUCAAUCUUGCUCAUUUCUACCACUUCAGAGAAGGCACCGAUCUGGCUCGUAGGCUUCUGCAGAACCCGAGCGAAUAUAUGCAGCCUCUUUGUGAUGCUGUGACCGAUUUGGUCCGGGGUAUGAAUGCUAAGUACCUGAAGGAAGGGGAGCAAAUCCUGGUCGGGUUAGAGGGUCCAUUUGUUUCGCGGAGGGUAACCCCCAGAGAACUCUUGUCGGGGUUUAUUGGUUCCAUGGUCUGCGUGGAGGGAAUUGUUACUAAAUGUUCUCUUGUAAGGCCAAAGGUUGUUAAGAGUGUCCACUUCUGCCCCGCUACAGAAAAAUUCACACUUCGCGAAUACAGAGACAUUACAUCCAACAUGGGCUUGCCAACUGGUUCAGUGUAUCCAACACGGGAUGAGAAUGGCAACUUGUUAGUGACUGAGUUCGGGCUAUGUACUUAUAAGGACCACCAGACAUUAUCAAUGCAAGAAGUGCCAGAGAAUGCUGCUCCUGGUCAACUUCCAAGAACGGUGGAUGUCAUUGUAGAAGAUGACUUGGUGGAUUCAUGUAAGCCUGGAGACCGUGUGGCAAUUGUUGGCAUUUACAAAGCCCUUCCUGGAAAAAGCAAGGGUAGUGUGAAUGGAGUAUUCAGGACUGUCCUCAUAGCCAAUAAUGUCUCUCUUCUCAACAAAAUGGCACACAACUUACAGUAUUCAAGUGACGACAUGAAAAACAUUAGAAAGAUCUCUGAAAGAGAUGAUGUAUUUGAUGUGCUUGCUAAUUCACUUGCACCUUCUAUAUAUGGGCAUCUAUGGAUAAAGAAAGCAGUGAUUCUAUUGAUGCUUGGAGGAACCGAAAAGAACUUGAAAAAUGGAACUCACUUGCGGGGUGAUAUAAACAUGAUGAUGGUUGGUGAUCCUUCUGUUGCCAAAUCCCAGUUGCUGAGAGCUAUCAUGAACAUUGCUCCUCUAGCCAUCUCAACAACUGGUCGGGGUUCUUCCGGAGUUGGUUUGACAGCUGCAGUCACUUCUGACCAAGAAACAGGGGAAAGAAGAUUAGAAGCUGGAGCCAUGGUUCUUGCUGAUCGAGGCAUUGUUUGUAUUGAUGAGUUUGACAAAAUGAAUGAUCAAGAUCGGGUUGCAAUACAUGAAGUGAUGGAACAACAGACUGUAACAAUUGCCAAAGCUGGUAUUCACGCAUCCUUGAAUGCUCGGUGCAGUGUAGUAGCAGCUGCAAAUCCAAUUUAUGGAACUUAUGACCGUUCGUUAACUCCGACAAAGAACAUUGGACUUCCAGACUCUUUGCUUUCUCGUUUUGAUUUAUUGUUCAUUGUUUUGGAUCAAAUGGAUCCUGGGAUUGAUCGUCAAAUUUCUGAACACGUGUUGCGUAUGCACCGAUUUCGUUCAGUGGUAGAUGGAGGCAGCUCAAUUUUAGAUGGCAAUUCAAGAUAUGAACAAGAAAAUGAAGCCGAGACAGGUUCGACCAUCUUUGUCAAGUACAAUCGAAUGCUACAUGGGAGAAAAUCUGACAGAGGUCGUAAGCGUGAUACCCUCACCAUCAAUUUUCUUAAGAAGUACAUUCAUUAUGCAAAAAACAGGAUUCAGCCUGAGCUUACUGAUGAGGCUUCAGAGCACAUUGCAAUUACAUAUGCAGAUCUAAGAAACGCGAGUUCAAAUGCAAAGACUGGAGGAGGAACACUGCCAAUUACUGCUAGAACAUUAGAAACAAUAAUACGUCUAUCAACUGCCCAUGCCAAGCUGAGGCUUAGGAGACAGGUUUUGAAGUCUGAUGUUGAAGCUGCUCUUCAAGUUCUAAACUUUGCUAUAUAUCAUCAAGAGCUAAAUGAUAUGGAGGAGCGAGAGCAAGAAAGGCAGAGGGACAUGGAGCGGGAACGUGAAAUAGACCAUGAUGCCACUGACAACAAUACAGGUCAUAGUGGUGGUAGGAAUGGACCUACCAACGGAGGUUCUACUACUGCUAGAGGUGAAACGGAAGCCAUGGAUGUGGAUGCACCGCCUGCAAGCGAAGUCGAUAUAUCCCCAGAGAGAUUGGAAGCAUUCAAGGCUACAUUGGGGAGGUAUAGGCAUGCACAACAUAUAGAACAAAUGUCAAUUGCUGACAUUGAGGGGGUUGUUAACCGUGGGGAACCUGUGCCUUACUCAGCAGCAGAGAUUAUGUCCCUUCUGGAGAUAAUGCACGAGAAAGGCAGCUUGAUGCUAGUCAAGGAUAUGAAUGCAGUGUACUUUAUGUGA